UAAGUCGUCCCGGUUCACUGUCAGACAGUCAGAAGUUUGGUGGGGAGCGCUGAGAGCUACGACUCGAAUAAUCACCGAAUGCCAACCUUCAAAACAGAAAAAAAAACAACUACAAAACAAAGAAAAUGCGCGCUUGGGGAUCAAAUGCUUUUCUGCUUCUUUUCGUCUUUGCACGGACCGUCUAUGGCUUCGGGGGCGGGUGUGAAUGCAAGGCAACGGGAGAUCCGCACUACCAUACCUGUGAUGGCGUCACCCUUCAAUACCAGGGCGCAUGCGCGUAUAACUUAGCAAGCACGUGUUCUCAUGGCUCAAAGGAUGAUCGAUUCAUCGGUUUUCGCAUUUUGAUAAAGAACAAACAUCCCAUCAACCAAGAAGACGUUUCUUACGCCAGGGCCGUCAAGGUGGACUUUGGGAAGCGGACCAUUUACAUGGAUACUGCCGGAAACUUUAAGGUCGAUGGGCAAGUUAUCCAUGAUGGCGACCUCCCUUACGAGUCUAAGCGCAUCAUAGUUAACAAACACUCUGAGGGGGGCAUGGAACGCUUGGUAUUCAUGACUGACUUGGGCUUUAAAGUCACCUUGGACAUCACGCGCAACGAGCGGGGUGACGUCAUCGCCGACAUCCCACCUUGGUAUAAAAACGCGGGACUGUGCGGCCUCUGUGGGAACUGGAAUGACAACCCCCACGACGACUACGCCACCAAGGACGGCACGAUAGUCGAGAACCUGAGUCAACCCAUCAGGGACGCUCUUAUAGCCGAUAGUCUUCACCAGCAUGACCCCGAGCUGGACCUGCAAGAAUGCGAAGAGACUUUAGCCAACAGUCCAUACACUGCAAACACGUGUACUGACGACCAGCUCCAACAAGCUCAGAAGAUGUGCGAUCUCGAUAACAGAAAACCUCUGAAGAAAAGUUUUAAGAGCUGUCGCCCUGUUCUGGAGGAAGAUGGCAUCAACUAUGGCGGUUAUAUCGGUGCCUGUGAGUACGCUUACUGUUCGGGGAUAGGGCACGGGAAAUCGACGGCAAACCUAGGGGCCUGCACCGUCUUGAAGAGCCUUUCCGAUCAGUGUACCGAACACGGCUCCAAAGCAAAGAAAAAGUGGAAGAAAAAGCUGAAGUGCUUUCAUUUAUUUUAAAACCUAAGUGAACCGCUUGAAGGAGGACAAGUAGAUGCGUUUAACUACCUUUAAUUUCAACAAAUUUUCAGUUUUCUUGAUGUGGCCGUGCAAACAUAGGGGAUUUUCGAUGGAAGCAGUUAUUGACAGAGCAACACUGUGGUCCUGCGCAUGCGUUCUUCGGGAAAACUGAUCGUUUGUAAUUUAAGGUGAAGGUUACCGAUUUAAGACACACGCAAGUCAAGGACAAUGAUUUAUGAACCGAAUUGUUUUUAUGGCACUCAUUGUUUCCAGACAAGAAGUCCAACUUGAAUCCUAAAUCGCAACCGUUUGCGUUUUAUUUCACUGUGAUAAGAAACCGUUAUUGUUCCACUUAUUUUUCUCUGUGACAAUGGAAUGAUUUAACAGAAUGCAAGCGCUGGCCGUAUUUAAUAAAAAGGUUGAGGGAAUCUCCACAUGCAACACCAACAGCUAUGGCCACUUAUAUUAUUCAAUCUCAGAUGUGAAAGGGAUAACAACUCUUCGUAUGAGAUUCAUAUUUCACAAUAAGUACAACUUACAGAAUAUAAUAAUAAAUUCUAUUUUACCAGCAAAAUGGCGGUUAUUGCAAUUAUUCUGGGAUCUGUGCUUGCCAUCGGACCACUUAACCUCCAUAGAUGGCCACCCUCUUUAAGAGAUUAUUACAAAUAUAAAGUUUUAGCAAAAACAUCAGGGACUAACUUCGAAUGUCGGAAUGAAUUUAUCAACUAUUGGUAAGUACGGGAAUGUAUUCGAAUACCUCAGGAAUUUUUUUUUUUUUUUUUUUUUUUUUUUUUUUGCCAAAAUGAACAGUUGUUAUCCCUUAAAGCAUCGUGCUGGUGGGUCGUGCUGUUACUCUAGGGGUCGAAUCGUAGUCCCCACGCUUUCCAUUUCUAAAUAAAUUGUGUGAUUUUCCAAGCAGCGGUGAAGGGUUGACAUAGUUUACUACUUAGUUAUCUAUAUAUCUGUGAUAAUCAAGCGAAGUUAGGAUAUCGAGAAUACAAAGCAUUGGAAUGGGAUCCUUAGGAUUCAGCUGUAAACAUUUCGAAGUGAAUUUACUUUUAGUUUAUAUGUGUGGCUGCACGUUCAUCUUGAAUUUAGGGUAUUCUGGGCUAUAUGGUUAUUUACACAUAUAUAUGUUUAUGUGUAUAUGUUUAGAAACACGAGUGCUGAGAAAAGAAAUAUAUGGGUUGC